AAACACAAAAAAAAACCUAACACAAACACAAUGGCUCUCUUUCUUUUUCUCCUUCUCUCAUUAAUCUCCUUCCCUCUCUCUUCUACUGAACAAGCUUGCUCGUCCUACGCCUUCUCCUCGUCCCCGGAACCCUUCACCUCCUGUGUUGACCUCCCUCACCUCAACUCCUCCCUCCACUGGAGCCGCUCUCAGUCCUCCGCUGUCUGCAUCGCCUACCGGGCCCCACAAUCCCCCAAUGGCUGGAUUGCGUGGGGCGUAAACCCUAACUCCUCCUCCAUGGUUGGAACCCACGCCCUCGUCGCCUUUCAUCACUCCAACGGUUCAAUGGUCGCCUACCCUACGAUCUUGGACAGUUACUCCCCGUCACUGAAACCGCAGAAGCUAGGGUUUCCGGUGUACAAUGUGUCGGCCGAGUACGUAAAGGGCGAUAUGGUAAUUUACGCGACCGUCGGGCUGAUUGGGGCAGGGGAGGGUGACGCCGCGGCUAAGUUUAAUCAGGUGUGGCAGGAGGGGAGUAGGGUUGUGGAUGGUGUGCCCGCGAUGCAUUCAGUUAGUGGGGAUAAUGUUUUGUCCAAGGGGAGCAUUGAGUUGAAGUGAUAUAUAUAUGAUGGUACGUUAUAGACUUUAUAUAGGUGAGUUGAGAGGGCAUAUUAUAAGUAUAUAGUAUGAACGUAUGUAUGUACGUAUUUGUGUUUGAGCAUGUGAGUGAGUGUGUGUAUAUACGUAAUCAUUUGGAGCCAUGGAGUCAUAUAACACGAGUAGUUGACGUCA